UAUGCAUCAUUAUGUCUUACAAGUUCCGCCAGAAGUCUUCAAAAGGUUGCUUCCUAUGAGAGUUGAAUCAGUACAGACAAAUAUAGUAAACUUGAGAGGCAACUGAUUUUAUUGAACACUU